CCUGCGGUUUUCCACAGGCACACACAGCCUCCUUCCUGAGUCUGAACGGUUCCCUCUCCGAAGCAAGUACCAACCCUCGCGUUUUGAUGGAUUCCUCCGCCUCCCCGGCGGCGCCGCCGCCACCUGCUGCCACUGCUAUGGACCGGUACACGUUCAGCCCGAGCCUGCGGUGGCAGCCGGAAGUCGAGGAGUACCUUGUCUCCGCGUACGGCCGCGACCACUUCGCCCGCAUCUCGGAAGCCCUCGCGACUCCUUCUUGUUACUCCUGUAUCCGUGUUAAUACUCUGAAGUCUUCCACUGAUGCUGUUAGGCAAAAACUACUGACUUUGGUAAAUCAAAAGGAACUAUGUGGUGGAAUUAAUGGUCUGGGGAUCAGUGAGCGGAAUGGUGGAGAGCAAGCACAUGAAGGGAGUUACCUGGUUCAUAAGUGCCCAUAUUCUGGCCUCGAAAACGUUUUAUUUGUUCGAGGUUCAGGACCACACGUUCUGCAUUACAAUGGCCAACCGGGUCAAUCUAUCAAGGAGAUAAUUGUAAGUCGAAAAUGCGCGGAGUCAGUCCUUCGAGGAGCCCAGGUGUAUGUCCCUGGUGUUUUGGCUUGCAGUUCACAUGUUGAAAAGGGCGAUAAGGUUGCAGUGUCAGUUGCUAUUGAACAACCUGUUAAGGACAGUGGUUGGGCUGUUGGUAUAACUCGAGGAACCGUUCUACAGGGGUUGCAGUCAGAUGCACAUUAUGAAGAGAGAAAGGGUCUGUACAUUGGUCAAGGGAUAGCUGCAAUGUCAAGGACUGGAAUAUUUCGUGUUCUUCAUGGAGUUGCAGUAGAGAUGACUGAGAGGGUAUACAAACUCCCAUCUUUCAAUGACGUGCUUGAAGGGGAUAUAUUUCUUCAAAAUCUGCCAAGUAUUGUGGCUGCUCGUGUCCUUGAUCCCCAGCCAGGAGAGCAGAUACUGGACAUGUGUGCUGCUCCAGGGGGGAAAACAACAGCGAUUGCUAUCCUUAUGAGGGACAAGGGAGAAAUCGUUGCCCUUGAUAGAUCUCAUAACAAGGUGAUGGGUAUUUUGAAGUUGGCUGAUGAGAUGGGCCUAAGUUGUAUAAAAGCGUAUAAACUUGAUGCUCUCAAAUCUGUGCGGAAGACUAAUGAGGCAAGGAAUCUUGGCGUGGCAGAUAACUUCAAUGGAGCAAUUGCGACAAUGGUGGAAGACAAUGAGCCUUGCCAUACUACAGUUUUUUCUGGGGUUACGAAUGCAGGUGAAGACAACUCAACUAAACCAGCUGUGCAGAUAGAUACCAAUAGGUAUGUUAGCAAGGCAGACCUUAGGAAAAAUUUAAGGCGAAUGAGGAAUGGAACAGGAAGAAGUAAUUGCUCUGGAGGUAGAGUUGAAGACUCGAAGGGAUUUUUCCCAAGCAGCUUUGAUCGUGUCCUCCUUGAUGCUCCAUGUUCUGCACUUGGCUUGAGACCUCGGCUUUUUGCUGGUGAGGAAACACUGGAAUCACUGAGAAAGAAUGCAACGUAUCAAAAGAGAAUGUUUGAUCAAGCUGUUCAGCUUGUUCGCCCUGGUGGGGUAAUUGUUUAUUCCACGUGUACCAUAAAUCCAGGAGAAAACGAGGCUUUGGUCAGAUAUGCAUUGGAUACAUACAAAUUCCUGUCACUAGGAUCACAGCACCCAAAUAUUGGAGGACCUGGUAUUAUUGGUUCGUGUAAGCUGCCCAACAAGGAACAUGCUGAGGAGUGGUUGAUGGAGCAUGAAGCACCACUUGUCCAAAGGUUUGAUCCAUCAUCAUCACUGGAUACAAUGGGUUUCUUCAUUGCGAAGUUCAAUGUUGGGCAGAAGGAGGACUGAGCAUAGGGCUUUUUUGAGCACUCUAUUUGGGAGGCUACGAUUAAAGCAUUAUUUCUCCAGGAAUUUUGAGUCACCUGCAGAUAUUGCCGCCACUACCUGCAUUGCACUCAAAGAUUUACCGCUGAUUUUUUUUUUCUGCUGUCACAAGUGUUCAUUCCUGCCAAUGAAAUCACAAGAUAACUAUGGUGCAAACAUAUUUGAGUCAGGCAUGCCAAAAUUUACGAACCCCAUUGUUAACCCUUUUCAAAGGGUGGCAUCUCGGUUGUGCCGUACGGCGAAGAAACUUAAGAGUUGGAGUGAUCGCUGUUGGGAAUAUGCCCUAGAGGCAAUCAUGUAUGAUGUAAUUUCCAAUGUAUUUAUAAAGAUUAUUAAGUUGUCCUUAUUUGAACAUCUGAUAUGUAUCAUUGAAUAUGUGAUUUGA